UUUUGUAGGCGUGGUAUUACUAUUUGUGUUCACUUUUCUGUAGGUAUGUGUACUUCUACAGCUCGGCAACCGGUUAUAAACGGAAAUGGCCGUAUAAAAAAUUGUUUUGCUUUGUAAUGUAAUGUGUUGAAGGGUGAUUAUUUGUUGAUUACUGUAUAAUUCGGAUGACAUUUUGUUUAAUUAUCGGAUUUAUUACACGUGCGCCUGUUCUCUGAAGAUAUUUUGUUUAUUAUAAAUACAACUGUUAUAUUACUUAUCAAUUUCUCAUUGAAAUGGUGUUAUUAAUUACAAAAGUGAUGGUGUAAAAAAGGAAUAGUGAUAAGUUUUGACAUUUCUAAGAACUUUUGUAUUUUCCGUUUCACAAAAUCAGGAAGAAGCGUUGCCCUACUAAAGACGUACAUAAAUAAUGCAUAUAAAGAAGAAACACUAAUGUUAAUGAAAAAAUCCAUAUGUUUUUGUUAUCUAUUGUAUAGUAAAAUCAGUUAAAAAACGUAUCUGUAUCACGUAAGAAAAUAUUCCACACAAAAAAGUGAAAGAGAUGGUGAGAAUUUUUAAGCCUGAUACUGAAAACGUCCGCAGCAAUAAAAUAAUGAAGAGUUUGUGAGGUAGUAAAUGAAAACUGAAAGUGACAUUUAUAAAAAAGAAGAAAUAGGCUAUUAUAUAGUUUAAAAUGGAUAUUUUAUUUCUUUUUUGGUAUAUCUGAAGCUUCAUAUUAGUGGCAUUUAUCAAUAAUGCCUAAUAUCAUGCAGCAGGACCGACUUGAGCCUUCAAAAAUAAGUGUUCCAAGUGUUCAUGGCAAAACAAGUAUUCAGAAUCCAAGAGUUAAAUUGAAUAACCAUCAAAGAAAUUUGAGUUUAGAUUUCAGGUGUAUGGGUAUUGUUUUGCCACCUGUAACUCAGGUGACAGCUGCUUCGAGUAUCCAUCUUACUCUGCAUCAUCGAAAUCGUAGUUUAGAUUCUGCCUUACAAAAAAUUCCAGAACUGGACACCACUCCUACAUCUGAGCAAGUUAAAUCAUCAGAAUUGUACCCUAUUUUUCAAACAAAGGCGUCAAAUGAACAUGAGGUGAUCAGCUUAAGCUCGAACGAUUCUGGUUUACCAUGUAGUGAAGAAAGUUCAAACACUGAAUUAAAAUAUUUUGGAAAAGAACUUUCAAAUUCCAGUGAUUUAAGUCACGCAGACUCGGAAUCAGGUAGCGAAACUUGUGGAGAAUUCAGUAACUAUCCGUCGUCAAAUUUAAAUCAUCCAGAAGAAGCAAAAGAGUCCAACAACAAAAAAGUAGAACUCUUUCAAAACACAACGGGUAAUGAAAGCAGUAAAUCUGGUGGUAGUAAGGCAGACGAAGGAUGUGGUGCAAAAUCUAAUCGGCCGAGAGGUUUGUUGUGGUUGCUUGAAAGCAGAGUUUUCGACGUUCACAUGGCCAUGUAUUACCUCUUUAAGAGCAAAGAAUCCGGCGUUUUAACUUAUAUUGUUAAUAAACUCUUUAGUUUCAAAGAUAGUGAUGUUGAUUUUUACCUGCCACAGCUUGUUUGCAUGUAUAUUCAAAUGCCUGAUUUGGCAGAAGUUCUCCAUCGGUAUCUCGUUGAAAGAUGUAGAAAAUCGGUAGAUUUUUCGUUAAAAUGUGCCUGGCUGCUUGACGCCUACAACGCUGAGUCUUCGGUCCCUUGUACAAAAAAGUCUCAUAGCGUCAAACUAAAAAAUCGUAUUCUUUCCGACGAACUACGUCCACUACCGUCCGAACCUUCCACUUCCACGGUCAAAACGAAUGUGGAACGUUUCCUAUUGGCCAACCAUCCAAACCACGGCCGUAAAACCCACCAAAGAUCGCAAAGCGACGCAUCUCCAUUAAUUUGUAAUGCUAAAGAUAAAAAUGGCUCUACAAGACUGUGCUUAGGUGACAUUGCCUCUGGUAAAGCUUUCGACAAUGGAUGCGUCUGUUUUGAAACUUGUCAGGGUGUAGUUAACAAGCUCAAAGGCCAGAAAACUGAUUGUACCUGUAUAGCUCCAAGGUUAGCACCUCAACGCGAGUUCAUGAACGCGCUGAUAAACAUUGGUAAAGUUCUCAGUCUUCUUUCUACGAAGGAGGCGAAAACGACAAAACUCGUUGCCGAGCUGACUUCCCUUAACUUAAACCUUCCUGCACGCGUUUGGUUACCCUUUGAAAACCUUAAUCCCCAUCACAUUGUACGCAUUCCGCCGCAAGUGGCCGUCGUUUUAAAUUCCAAAGAUAAAGCUCCUUACAUUAUCUACAUAGAAGUGUUAGAAGUUCAGGAUCCUUGUACUUCCAGUGUACCUCAAAAAAUCAUGAACACUUUACGUUAUACAAAGUCUGAAGAAAAUUUGUCCUUAGAAACCAUGUCUUUGUCUAAUUUCACUGGCUCAUAUGAAGAUGAUCCGGAAUGGAGUCAGGAAGACGAUGACGUUUCCCAACAGUAUUGUCAGUUGGGGAAGCCCCGAGAUCGGGACACUAUUUCUCAGAUGAGCCAAGAAUCAACAGAUUCGCGGGAACCGCCACUAUUUAUUUCGGCUCGCGAUGUUAGAAGACGGUUAUCAAGUUCUUUUAACGAAGAAAAGAGUAAGACAUUUACACAUGACCCUGAAGACCCGUCCGCAGCAGCGCUAAAAGAACCGUGGAAGGAGAAAGAGAGACGUAUAAGGGAAACCUCCCCAUAUGGACACAUGAACAAUUGGAAAUUGCACGCCGUUAUCGUUAAAUGUGGGGAUGAUUUAAGGCAGGAGUUGCUCGCAUCACAAGUGCUUGAAAUGUUCCAGAAAAUUUGGAGGAUAGAACAUGUUCCUCUUUGGAUUCGUCCAUACAAAAUCUUGUGCCUGUCCAACGACAGUGGCCUUAUCGAACCUAUAGUCGAUACAGUGUCCCUACAUCAGAUUAGGAAAAAUAGUCAAUUAUCCUUACUAGAAUAUUUCAACAAAGAAUACGGUCCUUGUAAUUCUGAAGCGUUCUUGACAGCACAACGAAACUUUGUGCAAAGCUGUGCCGCCUAUUGUUUGAUUUGCUAUUUAAUUCAGGUGAAAGACAGACACAACGGCAACAUUUUGUUGCACAAUGACGGUCACAUAAUUCACAUAGAUUUCGGUUUCAUACUGUCUACUUCCCCGAAAAAUUUGGGCUUUGAAAUGUCGCCAUUUAAGUUGACACCUGAGUUCGUUGAAGUUAUGGGGGGAUACGGGUCUGAUAUGUUCGAAUAUUUUAAAAUUUUAAUCCUUCAGGGAUUCGUGGCAGCAAGAAAACACCAGGACAUGCUUAUACCCAUCGUAGAAAUUAUGAGUUCGAGCUCUCAACUGCCGUGCUUUAGAUCUGGAGCUACGACCGUAAUGAAUUUAAAAAGCCGAUUUCAUAUGGGUAUUACUGAAGAACAGUUGCAACAAGAGGUGAAUAAUAUGGUAGAACGAAGCAUUAAUUCCAUUUCAACUAAAUUAUAUGACGGAUUCCAGUAUUUCACGAAUGGUAUCUUAUAAUUCCUCAAAUUUGCGCCAUUAUUUAGAUGUAAUUGUAUAUUACAUCAUAUAUCAUAUUCUAUGCUUGUCUAUUUAUAAAAAUGAUGGGGUCAUUAAUUGCAAAUCAAAAUGAAUUAUAUUAACGUUAAUUUCUUUUUAACAAAUAUUCCAGCUUCGGAGUCUAGGGCUUAUAAUGUAAACGAAAUUGAUUGAGGCACAAGUGGAUGGUACAAUGAUUUAAAGUUCCCUUAAAACACAUGUAUUUAAAAAAGAGAUUAGCAAAUUAAGGAGUAGGAGAUUACCUAUGUAUUGAUAUUUUUAAUUGUACAUUGUAGGUAAAUAAUUCACGUUUUUUAUUGAAAUGAAUAAAAUUUUUUAUGACUAUAUAUAAAGACUUUAAUUAAUCUAAUUUAUUAAUAGACCUUUGCUACGUAUGUAAUGUGAUCCUGGGGUGAAAAUAUCAACUUGAUAUUUUUCAACGAAUACUUUUUUGUUUUACUUAUUGGAUAACUUGUUCUAUUUAUACAUACAGCAGAAAUUAUCGUACAUAUAUUAAUGGUAUUUUCUUAAUGCUAUUUGUAUGUAUGUACAUAU